AUUUUAGAUUAAAAGAGUCAAAGAGCGUUGUGGUCGGACGCAUUUCUACACCCUCUGUAGGUGGCAGUGUUGUCAACUUCAUCUUGUGAGCUAACUCAGGAUAAUAGAAGAAAAAGAAGAUGGCGGAACGCGGCUACAGCUUCUCUCUCACUACAUUUAGCCCUUCUGGUAAACUUGUGCAGAUUGAAUAUGCAUUGGCUGCUGUAGCGGCUGGAGCCCCCUCAGUCGGCAUUAAAGCUUCCAAUGGGGUCGUCCUGGCGACGGAAAAAAAGCAGAAGUCCAUUCUGUACGAUGAGCAGAGUGUUCACAAAGUGGAGCCCAUCACUAAACACAUAGGCAUGGUGUACAGUGGCAUGGGGCCUGACUACAGGGUUUUGGUUCGACGAGCCAGGAAGCUGGCACAACAGUACUUCCUUGUCUACCAGGAGCCAAUUCCCACCGGCCAGCUUGUCCAACGAGUGGCAUCUGUAAUGCAGGAGUACACACAGUCUGGCGGAGUGCGUCCAUUUGGGGUGUCUUUGUUGAUAGCUGGUUGGGAUGAAGACCAGCCCUACUUGUUCCAGUCAGAUCCCUCUGGUGCGUAUUUUGCAUGGAAAGCCACAGCCAUGGGAAAGAACUAUGUUAAUGGAAAAACAUUUCUUGAAAAAAGGUAUAACAAUGACCUGGAAUUGGAAGAUGCCAUCCACACAGCCAUCCUGACAUUAAAGGAGAGUUUUGAAGGUCAGAUGACAGAGGAGAACAUCGAGGUUGGCAUCUGCAAUGAGGCUGGCUUCAAGAGACUCACCCCAGCCGAGGUGAAGGACUACCUUGCGGCCAUUGCUUAACCCCCACCGUGUCUAAUGAUGGCUCUCUCUUCUUUGCAACCGUACUUCCAUUUGGAGAUAUAGCGGCGCGAUACUCGACAACUGUAUCAGACAUGUUCCUUUUGCAGCCUAACUGAUGUGACUAGAUAGAUGUGUGCACUUUGUAAAAGCGGCCACUUGAGUGCAUUUACUAUACCGUUCUCAAUUAUACUCCCAAUAGCAAUUAAGAAUGAUUUAAUUGCAUUCAUUGGAUUUGUUUCGGCACACAAUGACUGUUGGUUAUUGCACACAUGCAUGUAGCUCCAAUGUGUGAAAUCUCAAGUUCUCCAUUAAAUCUGACUCCCCUAGUUUAAUCAUCUGAUUUCCCUCAAAUAUAUUGUCUGCAUUUCAUCAGUGCCCAAUAGUGACACCAGUGGAAGGGCUGAGAGUGUACCUCCUUAUAACAGUACGGUUGCCUGUACAGCGGUUUUACACAAUGUACUUCUUUUCUGACCAGGAAGGAUCAAGUUUAUAUUUACUCUUGUGGGAUCACAAAUUCAAAUAAAAAAAAAACUGUUCGAGUUGA